UCUCUCUUUUUAAUAUUUAUAAGACAGUCUUUUUUGAAUCUAUUCAAAACAAUCAUAACAAGAUGUAGACUGAAAUACGAGGAAUUCAGUUAUAAAAGGAUAACCUCGUGGUUCUAAAAUGGCUGAAACUCCCUUGGGCUUAGGCGAAAAGACAUUUAUUCUUCAUGGAGUCGAUCUUGAUCUGAGAAAUGAUGGUCGAUCUAGGUGCCAAUAUCGUUCCAUCGAGAUCGAAACUAGACUGAUGCCACAUGCACAUGGAUCAGCAAGACUUCGCAUUGGCAAUAUUACAGAUGUAUUAGUUGGCGUGAAAUUGGAAAUUGACACACCAUAUGCUGAAAAACCAGAUGAAGGCAAACUGGACUUUUUUGUGGACUGUUCGGCUAAUGCCACACCAGCAUUUGAAGGCAAAGGUGGAGAUGAUUUAGCGACCGAAAUAAGCAAUGUUCUUUCCAUGGCUUAUCAGACACCAGACGUCUUUGACUUAAGACAAUUGUGUAUAAUACCUCAUAAGAAAUGUUGGAAAAUGUACGUGGACAUUUUGAUUCUUCAAUGUGGUGGAAAUCUGUUUGACGCUGUUGGUGCCGCGGUGAAAGCAGCAUUGUACAAUACUGAAAUUCCAAAAGUAAUUGCAGCAACGCUCGAUGGUGGGGAACCAGAUAUUCAGGUCUCAGAUGAUCCUUACGAUUGCAUUAAACUCGAUAUUACGACAUAUCCAUCGAUAGUAACAGUAUGCAAGAUUGGUGACAAUUUUGUGAUAGAUCCAACAUUAGAAGAAGAAUCGUGCAGUGCGGUUAAUAUCAUUAUGUCUGUGAUGCCGAACGGCAAAGUGACGUCUAUGGUCAAGCAAGGAUAUGGGAGCUUGUUACCUACCACCUUAAUUAAGAUGUUGGAGGUAGGAAAGGACAUCGGUCUUAAAUUAAAUGAAGCUCUUAAGAAAACAUUAGAGGAGGAAGAUAAACUCGGCCGAACAAAACCUCUGUGUGGCUUUCUUAGAUAAUGCACAUGCAAUGUUUGUUGUAAAUAUUCCAAAAAGUAUAAAUAUAUUUUUUUAAAUUUCCAAUUGAAUCUAUCACAUACAAUAUUUUUUACUAUUUAGUUAUAGUAAACGUUGCGCGCACGUGGUGUAAUAUUUCUCAAACUUUUUUGCAGUCUCUCUCUUGUCAUAUAAAAUUUUAUGAAACAGCAGUGCUACUGAUUUUUUAAAUAAAUUAUUAUAAUACUUUUUUGUUAUGAAAGACAAUUUGAGAACCACUCAAGCAGUCUUCGAAAGUGAAAAUUCUCGCAAAAUGUCGAUACUAUAUGACAGUAAUAGUUUAUCAUGCUAUUAAACUGUUAAAUAAUAAUAAUU